GUGCUUGGGAUGCAGGGCAGAGCCGGGUUUGUCUUAAAACGUAAGUUGGAUGAAGCAUCAGUCCGACCAGUCCAGGACCUUCCGAACCCGUAAGAUAGCUUCUCCUUGAAAUCAGCCACAAAGAGCUCUAACAUCGAGAAUCACUGUCACGAAGACACAGCAACCAGGAGAGGAUUUGCGCUUUGUGAGAUCAUUUGAUUCAGUCUGGAAAUGCCCUUGUGAAAAUGGGGUGAUUGUGUUCUUUCUUCAUCUAUUAACAACACCUGGCAUAAGCCCAGGUCACUGCUCCUCCUGAUGUCGGAAGAUUCAGACAUAAAACCCUACCAUUUCCCUGAGCUGGAGGAUGAGGACGGAACCUGCAGAGUGUCCACCUCCUGCAGCCCGAUGCCAAGAGGGGCCUCAGGGUGCAGCUCCAUGGCACAGCUGCACCGGAUGGGAGGCUACAGCACAGGUGGGCCUGGCCUAGGCCUACCAUCCGAGGGCAGCGACAGCAGCGGUCAAGACCCUCCUGCCUUACCGCACAACCACCGCAAGAACAUCCGCUCCCGAUCGCUCCCCAAGGAGGACGUGGAGAUGAAGAGCAGCGGGUCCAGCGGGAGCGGAACAGAAUCUCACAGCAACGAGAGUCAUGGCAACGAAAGCCGCGAAUCAAUGGGCAGCUCCAAUGGCAACAGCAAAGACUCGGCACUGCUUGAGUCUUCUGAAAGCAACAAGAGCUCAAACUCCAACAGUCCAUCUCCUCCCAGCAGCUCUAACGCCUUCAGCCUGUUGAGCUCCGAGCAGGACAACCCAUCAACAAGCGGCUGCAGUAGUCAGGAGUCGGCCAAAGCCAAGACCCAGAAGGAGGUGCUAAAAAUUCUGAAAGAGCUGAAGCAUCUUCUUCCUGCUGAGAAGAGACACAAUAACAAGUCCUCCACAUUGAACACCCUGAAGUACGCCCUGCGCUGCGUUAAACAGGUGGAAGCCAAUGAGGAGUAUUACCAGCUGCUGAUGAUCAAUGACAGUCUGCCUUCAGGCCUGGAUGUUUCCUCUUAUACGAUAGAGGAGAUCGACAGCAUAACCUCUGAAUACACCCUCAAAAACAACGAUAUGUUUGCAGUCGCAGUGUCUCUGAACACAGGAAGGAUCGUCUACAUCUCUGACCAGGCUGCCUCUAUGCUCAGCUGCAAAAGAGAUGUGUUUAAAGACACCAAGUUUGUUGAGUUCCUUACGCCGCAGGAUGUCAGUGUUUUCUACAGCUUCACAACGCCGUACCGCCUGCCCUCCUGGAGCAUGUGCACUGGUGCAGAGUCAUCGCCAUCUGACUGUACGCAGGAGAAGUCCUUCUUCUGUCGUAUCAGUGGUGGCAAAGAGUGCAAAGGCGAUCUGCAGUACUUUCCGUUCCGCAUGACGCCCUACCUGAUGAAGGUUCAAGACACAGUACAUGCUGAAGACCAGUUCUGCUGCCUCCUGCUGGCCGAGAGAGUUCACUCUGGUUAUGAUGCUCCUAGAAUACCAACGGACAAACGCAUCUUCACCACCACACACACUCCGAGUUGCGUGUUUCAGGAUGUGGAUGAAAGAGCGGUUCCUCUCCUUGGGUACCUCCCCCAGGACCUGAUCGGCACAUCAAUCCUCCUCCACCUGCAUCCCAAUGACCGACAUAUUAUGUUGGCCAUUCACAGAAAGAUUCUUCAAUAUGCAGGGCAGCCGUUUGACCACUCAUCCAUCCGGUUCUGUGCCAAAAAUGGAGAAUACAUCACUCUCGACACCAGCUGGUCCAGUUUUGUCAACCCCUGGAGCCGCAAGGUCUCUUUUGUCAUAGGGAGACACAAAGUGCGGAUGGGCCCUGUUAAUGAGGAUGUUUUCGUGGCCCCAUCCUCUUCUGUUGGAGAAAGGAAGACUAUGGACUCUGACAUCCAGGAGGUUACUGAGCAGAUCCAUAAGCUGCUGCUACAGCCUGUUCAUAACAGUGGGUCCAAUGGCUACGGCAAUCCAACCAGAAACGAUCACCUUAUGGGCAUGACCUCCUCCAGCGAGAGCCUCGACAAGUGCAACGGGAACAAAGUGGGACUAGAGGAGGAGAAAUUGAGCAGCAAAGAAAGACCUCGAACGUUUCAGGAAAUCUGUAAGGGGGUUCACCUCCAGAAGAACCAGAGGCAGCACACUGCCAAAGCGGAACACAAGAAGAGCAAUGGCAUAGAGUCUCUACAGAAGAGCCUGGCUGUUGUUCCACCAAAAGACUUGGCUGCUCCUCUCAACGGGAGGGAGACCGGGUCCCCUUUGAUGGAGAGCAGGUCCUCUCUCAAGGAGGAGAUGGCCUUCAAUGACCAGAGUGUCUACUCUUACCAGCAUGUGAGCUGUCUGGACAGUGUUGUCAGGUACUUGGAUAGCUGUAAUGGUCCCAUCACCAUGAAGAGGAAGUGCCAGUCUUCCUCUCACACCACGUCAUCUAACUCAGAUGACGACAAACAGAAAGAAUCAAACAGCAUGCAGGUGUCCUCAGAACCAGCCUUGUUGAAGGAUCAGUGUGGCUUCUCCGCUUUAGAUGAUCAAGACAAAAAGUCCAGCGACGCAGCCGCAGCGGUAGUGGGCACCGCACUACCACUCCCAGUACCUAACAAGCCAGAAAGUGUGGUGUCCAUAACCAGCCAGUGUAGCUACAGUAGCACAAUAGUGCAUGUUGGGGACAAAAAACCUCACCCAGAGUCAGAGAUCAUAGAAGACGUCCAGGUUACAGGAGAGGCAGCAGAGCCCAGCCAGAACAAUGGGGCUUCUGCUUCUGCUGUUUCACCUCCCAGUCAGGAGAGGGAGUCCUACAGGAAGCUUGGGCUGACCAAGCAGGUCUUGGCAGCUCAUACACAGAAGGAGGAGCAGGCCUUUCUGUAUCGCUUCAGGGAGCUGCGCAAACAUACUGCACUCAAAGUAGACUGCUCGCAGUACCUGGAGCGCCAGAGAGAACAGAUCACCAGCAAUGCUGUACCUGCUGCUAGAUCUUGCAAACAGGUUGGAGGCGGAGCAGUGAAUACCACGCGGCGAGGCACGCGGAAUAAGAAGACCAAGUCAAAGCGAGCGAGGCAGGUGGAGUCUUCAGACAGCGCCGUGUCCCAUCACAGGCAACAGCACAUUCGGCCUCCUUUUCUAAACCACGGCCUCAACCUCACAUCUUGGUCUAGCUCUGACACCUCACAGUCAACUUUCCCCAUGGCCUACCCCGCCGUCAUGCCAGGCUACCCCCUUCAGGUUUACCCCAGUGCCCCCCACACAGCCGCCACUCAACAAGGAUAUGGGGUCAACCAGGGUCCCCAGGCCACGCCCUGCUCCUCUGUUAUCCAUCCUGCUGCCUAUAAUGCCUCCAUGGUCACCCCGAUCGUGGCCCUAGUGCUGCCCAACUUUAUGUACCCUCCAAUGGCUACUGGUCUACCGCCACCUCAGCCUUUGUACCACCCAGAGACCAGCUUCUCUGUCCAAACACCGCCUUUCUGUCAACCUGGCUUUCCAGGCCAGAUCCCCUUCGCAAGCCAACCUUCCUUCAGUGUUCUGAACCAGUUCAACUCUCAGAAUCAAUUUGCUCCUCAGGCAGCCAACCUUGCCCCGUCGUUCUACUACCCUCCUUUCUCAGAAACCCCGAAGGUCCCCAUGGAGUGCCAGUCUCGCUCCUCAACGCCACAGUCGGGAAGAGGUGGAGGGCCAGCAUCGCCCCCCCUGUUCCAGUCUCGCUGCAGCUCGCCGCUAAACCUGCUGGAGCUGGAGCUGUCUGUGGACAGGCUGGACAGCACAGGGCUGACAUCUGGAGGACAAGGGAAUAACACAAGUGAAAGGGAGAUGGGAGCAUGUGACAGCCAGGCCAAAGAGAGGGAGAUGAAACAGCCAUCUGUCAGUCUCCUUGGUCCUCCAGGACCGUCGUAUCACGAGGGCACACCCAGUGUCUGUGAGCAUUUGUCUUGGGAUAAAGUGUGCUCUAGGCUGAGUUCUUGCAGCAAAGAGGAAAGUUCGCGGGGCGAUGGCAACAACAGCGACGUCAACUCUUCAUCCAGUGACAUGUUAGACAUUAUUCUCCAUGAGGACUCCAGCUCAGGCACUGGCUCAGCCACCUCAGGGUCCAAUGGUUGUGGAACUUCCGCCAGCGGGACAUCCAACAGUGGGACAUCUAAGAGCGGGACAUCAGCCAGCGGAGCCUCUGCAAGUACGACCUCUGGCAGUGGAACAGGAAGCAACAGUAGUAAUUACUUUGGCAGCGUGGACUCGUCCCAGAACAGCCAGAAGGUCAACGGUCACUCGAGCAGCAACGAUGGACGGCCGAUGGACAUGGGAGAAAACUACAUCGAGUAUGCACUGCAGGACCCGCCGUGGCUGCUCGAGGCCAACACAGAUAACAAUGUCAUGAUGACCUAUCAGCUGCCAUCACGUGACAUCGAAAAGGUGCUCAGGGAGGACAGAGAGAAGCUGAAGCUGCUGCAGAAGAGUCAGCCACACUUUUCAGAGGAGCAGAAGAAGGAGCUGAUGAAGGUCCACCCCUGGAUUAAGAAGGGAUGUCUGCCCAAGGCAAUAGAUGUUAAGGUGUGCACCUGCUCUGAAGGAACCUCAGAGGCAGCAGCAGCAGCAGUGGAUGGUCGACCAGACCUGGGCAUCGUUGAUAAAGACUCGGGGGAUCUUGGCUGCCAGCAGAGGCCCAGAAACCAACUUUCAAAAACUGUUGUCAUUUCCUGCCACGACACAUCUCCUAGUUCUCAGAAAACGAACUGCUCAUGACUUUCAGAGUGACUUUUGUUACCCAUCAGCCUUUUAUUCUGCAAAACUCAGUACGUUUACAUGAUGCUUACACAAUUUAUUGUGCUAGUCCAACUAAACCUGGACUUAAAAAUCCAUGUUGGUCGGACUGAAAUUGUACAAAAAUCAAGAGACAACACAUCUAGAAGAUACUGCGGUUGGGAAUCUAUUUACUCUUGCUUGUUUAUCUCUCAAUUGGCCAGAAAUUGGCCUGGGCAUUCUACGCAUGCUCCCCUUUUCCAAGCCAUGUUAUUGACCAAGAAGUUAAAAAGUAUAAGUGCAUUGAAGAGGCCGGUAAGAAAACAAGACAGAGGUAUGAACAUGGCUAGUGCUUGAGCGAGAACCACAGAUUUUUGGACAGAUGAGGAGACACGGUUUAUAUUGGUCAGCUGACAGAAUGAAACAUAUUGACAUACAUGGAUGGAAGGAAAACAGUUUGAUGCUUGUCAACUUGUUUGUUGAAUGAUUUGUACGUGACAUAAUAGGUCAACCAGAAGAAUGUCCAGUACUUACUAGCUGAAAGGAGCUAUAUCACCACCUACUGUAGCAUAAUGUACGUAAAUAAAUCGAUACUCCCCUGGUGCUUGUAUACUGGGACAUGAACAGUAGUCCAAUUAUAUGGCCUGAUUGAGCUAUAACUGUAGCUCGACUUAACUGUGCAUGUAAACGUACUGACUGUGAAGAGGGACCUAGUUUAAAUGAAGCAUCAGGCCCUUUACUCUUCACACACAUUAUUUCAAUUCUGUUGUUGUCCUGCUGGUUUUUAUUUAUGAGUUGUGCCUAUUUACUUGUCAGGAAACUGCUCCAUAUUAUCAAGACUGUUAGAAUGUGAAUAUUCAAAUGACACUUUAUUGUUUUUUUUUAACACAAUUUGAAAUUGUUCACCCGACAGACGUUUUUGAUGUUCACAUAAAAUGCUAGCAUUUAUUCAUUCCUGUGUACUACUUCACAGUUUGCCACACUUGGGUUAAGGGCUUUAUGCACUGAUGAAGAGAAGUGGAACCCAAUAAGGGAAACACAAUAUAUGCUCAUCCACCGGGCAGCGGGUCAAAGAUGAACCAACGCAACGCUGCCAGGAAGUGGUUCUGUGGUGUUCUUGCUGUUGCAGAUAAUGACUGAAUGUCAAUUCUUCCUGGACACUGUGCUACAUCAGCAUGCAGUGACAACAGGUGUAGACAUGAAUAACCAUCCAGCACCAAAUGAAGAGCACAUUGUUGGCUGCACUGGAAAGUGAAUGACACUCCUGUCUGUCUGCUCUGUUUGCUCUACUCCUCUCACUUUCUGGUGCUGCAUACAGUCACUGCUUUUUGUGAAUGUCUCUGAUCAUAUAUACAGUAUAUAUAUUUUUAUAUGCAAUAUUUUUAUUCUGUAAAGAUAAAUUUGUGAUAUUAAGUUAUGACAGAAUAGUUGGCUUAAACAGGAAGCAGGACCAAGACUCAUAAUAUGUCAUGUAUAUAAUAUUUAAAAAAAUAUAUAUAUAUAAGAUGAAGAUUCCCACCAUGGACUGUUAAAAAACUGGAGUUUGUGGUAAAGUCAGGGGAAUAUGGAUGUUUUCCGCAGUUUGAAGGUGUGCCACAUCACACUUGAAAAUGCCUGAUGUUGGUCCUCAUAAAUAUAGAAAAGAGGAUGUUGUGUAAGUGUCUGAAGCCCAUUGCUGUUCAGGACAAACAGUGUGGUCACUUCAGAAGUCAGAGUUUAGGGUUAUUGCACGGGUAUAAAGCAGCUCACACACAUGUGAGCACACUGUGUGGACUGCUUUGAAGCGUCUGCCUUAAUGUGAGAUUAAACAUUGCUUUUCAACUUUUUGUCAUUUCCUGAUGUCAUUGAGUGUGUCAGUUAUUUAAACCGCGAUGUACAUAAUGCACAUUUAAAUUUUUCCUAUUUUAAUUAUUAUUUUUUUUAAGUUUAUUUUGUUUAUUUUCAUGUUUGUUAAAUGUUCUCUUAAUAAAAUGUUCCCUAAUCUGCGAUGAG